AUGCCAGACAAUCGCUCUCGAGUUACGAAAAGAGCGCAAUACUCCUGCGAGAAUUGCCGAAGAAAGAAAACUCGCUGUCCAGGAGAGAGACCUGCAUGCUCUACUUGUACGAGACUUGACCAAACUUGUCGCUAUAAUGAUGCAGCCGGUGUAUCAGCACGUCCGUCAGGACAACGUUCCAGCAAAGCUCUGGAGGAUCGCCUGGCACGGCUGGAGGAAAAGAUGGAAUUAAUGCUUGAUCGAGUGGUGCAGCCGACUUCGGAUCAUACAGAUGCAGAAACUCGGUCUGGCACCCGAUUAGUUACAGAUAGUGAGCGUGCUUCUCUCCGAAACCAAGGUGCUGUAACUGGGGUUCGAGCAUGUCAAUCAAUCGAAUUACCCUCAUCCACCGGUUCAGAGCCUUUGCCCCCCAAGCAUGUGAUUCUGGAGAUAAUUGACCUUUAUUUCCAAUUCUGUCACCGUCAGCCACUCUGGUUGUUCGAACGCGAAGAGCUCUCGUCCCCAGAUGAGAUGGCGGAAGAACUAGUUUUCUCGUUAUUAGCACUUACAGCUCGAUUUUCUACGACAUACUUUGAAGCUCAUUCACACAAAGAAACUGCCCAAAGGUAUGGCGAGGUUUCUCGAGAACAUAUUAUGUUUCGAAUCGCGCGAGGCGCUGUACAAAUGUCUACAAUACAGAGUUUGUGCUUGCUGGCAUUUGCAAACUUUACAGAGAAGGAAACCUAUCUGGCAUGGUUUCAUCUCAACCUCGCCACGUCGCUAGCAAACAUGGCCGACAUGAACAUUGAGGCACAAAAGGAGUCUUUCGGCCCGAUACAAGAAUCACGGAGAAAGGUCUUCUACAGCAUCUAUAUUCUCAAUCAGACUUAUGCACCACGUUCUAUGCUGCUCAACAUGCUCGAGGAUAUCGAGAGUCCCAAGUAUGUUGAACCCAAACGGGAUCUCAACCAAGAAUCUGGAGAGCUACCUCCCUUAAAUCCGCGAGACUCCAUCACCAUAACACAAGUCGAUGGAGCUGAAUAUGCAGGCAUAUGGACGUAUGUGGUCCAACAGUCAUCCUUGUGGCGCGAAGUCCGAGGCUACAUCGCGCAAUGUGCGGAUGGCAAUCCGAAACCGCCAUGGUCACCAGAAUCGGGAUACGCUGUAAUUGGGGCGCAUCUUAUGGACCUUGAAACUCGAUUUCCGACGCAUCAUCGAUAUGAUGCAGUGAGAUUUCUUGAUCGAUCGACGGCAGAGCUGCAACAAAAUCGCGACUACUGGAGCCCAUGGUUGCGGAUUCAGUUUGUUUAUCAUGCUAUUCACAGCAUGCUCAACCACCCAUUUCUGUAUUCGUCACGUCCUCAUCCGUCGGUACAGAUGUCUGUGCCAAACACAUUCUGGAAGACGUCGUCUGAGCUAGCACUUCUGCAUUCGACGUGGACUGUCCGGCUUAUAGAUAUUGUCUGGGAGAAAGAUUAUCGAGUUUCAGACCCAUUUCUUGGGUAUUGUGCUGCUAUUGCUGCGACAAUACAUGUAUACUACUGUCGAGCUUCGGACAUUCGUGUGAGAACUUCGGCACAGUCGAAACUCGGCAAAUGCAUGCGAUUUGUCGACGAGCUGGGGACUGUAUGGCCUAACUGCCAAUUGAUUUAUGACAGACUUGACUCUCUUGUGCAGUCGGCACUCAAAUCAGAAUCACAAAAAGAAAGCGAAAUUUCUGUGCGUCGGACAGUGUCUAUCAAUACUGGGCUGAUGUGGGAUAUCCUCGACCACACAUGUGCAAAGAAUACAUCUCCUGGAUCGAGUGGACGAGGACUCUUUGACCCUAAUUUUGUUCGAGACAAGUCUCCGUCGAGAACGAGGCCUGGAAAGAGAGCUAAGAGGGAUACAAAUGAGCACUCUGAGAGCAGUGAUGACGAAGAUGUUGUUGAGACCCAGAUCUUUCAUCUUCCGAAUCCUGCAGCUAACGUCGACACUUCCAACGGCGGUCAGGAGUUUCCUCCAUAUUCUAGCACCGCUACACGCCGCACUCGUAGCCAAAAUAAUGUUAAUCAACAUACUGCCACAAAUGCAGAAAGAAGCACCCACUCCGCACCAGCUGCUGAGCGGCCGUUAGUUAGUCAACUGCAGGGUCAACAACAGGCCCAGCAGAACCCAGCAUCAGUCACUUGGCCAGUUGAUGAUAUAUGGAUGAGCGCAUCCAUGAUGGAUGUAAGCCACGACCCGUUUUUCCAAUUCCAGGAUCAUGACAUACCGUGGACUGGCUCAUGGGAUGUUGGGAAUCUAUGA